AUGAGCCAAGGGCAGUAUAACUUUGCUAAGUUUGUAAAUACGAUAGACAAAACGGAUCUGUAUUCUUGCUUGGCACUGUGGAUGGAAGAGUGUCCCCUAGCCACGACGGUGAUGUGUGGUUUUGAUCUUGAACUGAAUGGUAACUGCGAUGAUCUUAACAUUAAUUCGAUCAACAACGAAGGCACGAGGUCUGAUGCCCCCGAAGAAGACGGUCCUCUUAAAAAGAGGUCGAAGACGAAUAACUGCAUCACCACAGACAAGGUAAUUUCCCGAAAUUUUGAUAUUUUGGUGCGUGACGAGACAAAUUUGGUCUUGAAUAACUUGGUCAAUGGGACAACGAACGCGAUCAACAAUGUCACGGAUUCAAAGAAGGGAAGUCUCAAACAUUGUGAAACAUCAGCCGAUAGGUUUAUUAACAGAAAACCCACAAAUGAACAGGCUAAGUCAGUGAACUGCGACAGCCCCACAGUGAACAAAAUUGGCGUUGUAAUGGUGGACAUUUCGUCAGAGAAUAUCGUGGCGAUCGAUUGCUCGCGUGACAAUGUGCACGGAGUGACUAGUGUAUUAGUUGACUUCAGUGACCGCGCAGCAAAUUGCGUUAUUUACACCUCGCGUAAACCUUGCUCUGUUUGCACCAAACUCAUGAUCCAAGCAGGGAUUUCCAGAGUAUGUUAUCUACCAUUUGAGCCAGAAUAUCCCAAUGAUGAUGAUCUUGAUAAAGUUGAAAAACUCUACAGGAUGAGUGAGAUUGGUCAGUCUAUUCAUGUACCAAAUAUACAGAAAAUAGUUUUAGCAGAAAGUGAAUUGAGGUAUUCGCCCUAUUCGGCGAGUAAACAUUGUCAUGUUACUUUUAUGUUAUCUUUGCUGGGUCGUUACUGGGGUGAACAGUGGAAAAGUAGACUUGCAAAACAGCUGAAAUGGCCUGAGUACAAUGAAUGCAAGAAACAAGUAGAUCACUCCAUUGAGGUUAUGCUUGAAUGGAUCUCAAGGGUAACAUUUGGAGACCUUCCUGAAUCUGUUACCUUUUAUGAGUGUAAUUACAAAAAUUCAACCAAAACUGAAACCAAUUGUGGAAGGAUGCAUAACAUUCUGCCUGACGAUGAACAUAAUAUCAUCCUUCCUCUUAGUUCUAACCCACGCUGGCAGGAACUGGCUCGACAUAUGUCAAGAAUGGCCAAUAUUUUGGCACAAUGCUCAAAUGAUCCCAAAAGGGGAGUAGGGGCUGUGAUACUGCAAAGAAACCAGAUUGUAUCAGCAUGUUGGAACGGUUAUCCUCCAAAAGCAGGUUAUGGAGAUUUUCCCAGAGCUUCCCACUGCGAUGGACCCUUACCCUCAAAAAAGUACCCAUUCUCUAUCCAUGCUGAACAGGCCGCAAUUCUUGGAAGGAACACUCGGAACAUUAGUGAUGUUUCCUGUACUAUGUUUGUGAGCAAAACACCUUGUAAUGAAUGCGUUCCGCUGAUUAUAAAAGCAGGGAUCAAAAAUGUGGUUUUCCCCCUUGACACACAAAAGAGGGAUCCAGCUUUCCUUGGGUAUAGUUUGAUUUGGAGAAGCAUUGAUCAUGGAAGGUUAAGAGGGUUUGAAAGUCGCUUACCUCCAGUCAAACAAGGAGAAUGUGAAUCAGACUCAAAAUCUGUUAACCAUGCAUCACGCCAGCUGUGUUUUAAUGGAAGGACAAAAAGUGUAGAGAAUGAUGCAGCGCAAGAGCUU